AUGGAGCUUCUCAAUCCCUUCUCUCUCCUUUUCACCUUUGCCUGCGUUUUCCUUGCGUUGUUCAUCUCUCAGAACCUCUCAAAAAACUUGCCACCUGGACCAUGGAAGCUGCCUCUUCUAGGAAACAUUCACCAAUUUGUAGGGGCACUUCCCCAUCAAACUCUGAGAAACUUGGCUAACCAAUUUGGACCCUUGAUGCACCUGCAACUGGGUGAAAAAUCACACAUAAUAGUCUCUUCAGCAGAUAUUGCCAAACAGGUUAUGAAAACUCAUGAUGCCAUCUUUGCUAAUAGGCCUCAUCUUCUUGCUUCCAAAUUCUUUGAUUAUGGUGGCUGCGACAUAGCCUUUUCUCCUUAUGGAAAAACUUGGAGGCAACUUAAAAAGAUAUGCAUUUCAGAGUUGUUAAAUGCAAAGCAUGUUCAAUCACUAAGGCACAUAAGAGAAGAAGAGGUGGCUAAACUAGUUAGAAACAUGUGUGCUAAAGAAGGAUCGAUUGUGAACCUCACCAAGGAAAUUGAGUCAGUGACAAAUGCUAUAAUUGCAAGAGCAGCAGAUGGGAAAAGGUGCAAAGACCAAGAAACUUUCAUAUCAUCCAUGGCGCAAAUGCUGCAGCUGUUGGGAGGUUUCUCCAUUGCUGAUUUCUACCCUUCAAUCAAAAUACUUCCUUUUCUUACAGGUAUGAAAUCUAAGCUUGGAAGGGCGCAGAGAGAGAUUGACCAGAUCCUAGAAAAUAUGGUGAAGGAUCACAAGGAGAAUAAGAACAGCCACAGGGAGAUGCAAGAGGAUUUCAUUGAUAUUCUUCUCAAAACACACAACAGAGAAAUUCCCUUGACUCUCAACAACAUCAAAGCAGUCAUCUGGGUCAAAGACAUGCCAUGA